GACGAACUCGAGAGGUUCAGAGCGGAAUGGAAAGAUGAAGUUAGAAGACGACUACCUGAACCAUCAAAGACCACUGGGGAUACGAAGGGUCGACCAUCCCGAUCUCCCUUUAGAGUGUCUCAAGCAGUAAGGAUCUACGCUCAAGCUGUGGAGUAUGAGCAAUCAGGACGAUUGAAUGAUGCUUUGGUUUUGUAUAGGAAGGCUUUCAAGAUGGAUGGUGGGUUUGUCUCCUUCCCUCCUAGUCUUCCUGGCUCUGUCACGGAUACACAUCAAAUAGGUAAUCAAGUUCGAUUACCUCAAGAACCCCGAAUGACCGAAGAGAAUCACGCUAUACCACCCUCCCCCCUCACAACCAUCCUUCAAACCAAAUCCACUACCGAUCAAUCUCUCCCCGAUAUACCUUUCUCACCAGAUGAGGAAAACCUUCCUAUACCCAUAUCACGUCUUCCGGCAGAAAUGUUCGAACCGAUAUUCCUCCAUAUGGACGUGACUACCCUAGAAAGAUUCGGAUCAACUUGUUGGCGAGCUAGAUGGUUGACUGCUUAUGCAAAUGUAUGGAGACGGUUGGCAGAGGGAGUUUAUGGAUGUCUUCGGGUUGAGAUGGUUAACGAAUGGAUUCAGAAACUUGGUAAACGUCAUUUGGGAGAAUGGAGGACAGUGUUGAUUGAAGAGGAAAGGGUCAGGUUGGACGGUUGUUAUAUAAGUGUAUGUCAUUAUGUACGACCGGGUGCUGGGGAUCAAUGGGUAGCUGUGAGUCUCUCACAUUUAGUCACAUAUCAUCGUUUCUUAAGGUUUUAUCCCGAUGGAACUGUUCUGUCUUUUCUCACUACGGAUCACCCAUCAGACGUGGUUCCGAUCCUUCGUCCUUCCCUCCGUGCAAAAGGUCUUCAUAUCGGAUCUUCAUCCAAAGAAAGAGUACAAAAGAAUUCCACGGUAGAAACGAAUAUCAAGAUGACGAAAAACCGACCUAGAAUAAUGAUCACUUCUUUACUCGAGCCUGGAAACCAACAACCGAAAUACGAAUUCUCCAUGGAGUUGUCAUUGAGAGAAACGGGUAGAGGGAGAUGGAAUAAAAUUGAUUUGGUUGAAUAUAAUUCUUUGAAUUAUGCCACGGGUGAGAUUUUGGGGUUGGGGUUGAAUCAUCAAAAACCGUUUUAUUUCUCAAAG